ACGCUGCAAGUUUAAAAUUCCACGAGUUCAAUCUUUUGCUUAAUUAUUAUUGCGAUAUUCACACGAAAUAUAUAAGAGAGAUUGAUUUGAGUGACAGUACAUCAUUUAAUCGUUAUUAACGAGACCGAUAACCUGAUUAAUUCAUAAUGAUGAAGCAGUUUGGAAUAAUUUUUCUCUGGAUAUACCUCUGCUGUGCCAACGAAAACAAAACUUCAUCAGACGUGAUCUCAUCAACUGUUGAACCAAUAACAGAAGAUUCAAUUGAUUGCACUUGUGGCAUAUUCGUUAGUCCAUCUAUUAAAAAAUCAAGCAAAGAACCACCAAAGGGUGAACCUACUAUUAUUCAUGAAAUAUCAGGAAAAUUUUCUUGUACUACAGCUGGAAGGAAAUCAUGCACCCAUAAAUGUAUUGAUGUGAUCGCAAAACACAUGGCGAAUAGUACUGCAAUUAUUUGUGGAGCCCUCAAACGUGAUUGUCAUAAAGAAAAAGCAUAUCUAUUUGUGAAAAAUUGCACUGACAAGUGGAUUAAUACUCAUUUGUCAGGUGGACGAGAAUAUUGCUGUAAAGAUAAUUUACCAUAUAAAUGUUAAGUAUUGAAUUAAUUUUAAUAAUGCUUUUUCUACUUUUUUUAUGGUGUUAACCAGAUUAUUAUUGUUCAUUAAAUAAAAAUUGAAAUGCUUUUUUUAAAUAACUUUUUUAAAAAUCCCGCCGGUA